AUGCACCGAGCCAUACACCGCGGAGAACGACCUCAUCGCUGUCCUGACUGUGGGAAGAGUUUUACCCAGCGGUCCACAUUGGUGGCGCACAUGUACACUCACACAGGUGAAAAACCAUUCCAUUGCCCUGAGUGCAGCAAGUCCUUCAGCCGACCUUCUUCCCUGAGCACGCACCGGGCCAUACACCGAGGGGACCGGCCAUAUAGCUGUCCUGACUGUGGGCAGGCCUUCACGCAUCGCUCUGGCCUCAUUACCCAUCUCCGUGUCCACACUGGGGAGAAGCCUUACUGCUGUGCUGAUUGUGGACACUGCUUCAGCCAGAGCUCAGGGCUCCAUGAGCACCAGCGGGUGGUGCACAGCGGCUUGACCCCCUUUACUUGCACACACUGUGGCAGAGCCUUUGCCCGUGCUGCAUAUCUUCGGUGCCACAUUCGCACCCACACGGGUGAAAAGCCUUAUUCAUGCCCUGACUGUGGUCGCUGCUUUCGCCAGAGCUCUGACUUGGCAGCCCACAGGCGGACACACAGCGGCGAGCGUCCCUACUCCUGCCCUCAGUGUGGCAGACGCUUUCCAACUAAGUCAGCUAUGACGAAGCACCAGUGGAUCCAUCGGCCAGGAGGCAAAGGCCAUAGGGACAGAAAAGCCAGUCAGUUAUCUAUAUCCCUGGACCCUGGCCAAGAGGACCCGGAACCACCAGUGGGCUUCCAGCAUUACCCAGAGAUAUUCCAGGAGUGUGGGGGAUGGUCUUAAAAGUGCCAACACAGAGGGUGAAAUAUGUACAUCCUUUGAAGCCCAGAGGCUUGAAUUUAUGGCAUCCUGCGGAAGUCACAGAUGUUCUAGCUAAUGCUGGUCCUGGGCACAGGGUACAGUCUUCUAGGUGAUUACCAGAUGCAUUUGCACACACGCAGAUCCUGAGUCUAUUGGGUUGGGGUGGGGUACCCCACUAGAACUCCAUAUGAGAAGCAAGAGCAGUCUCCUGGUUCAGAAGUAUUGAGAGGCUUGAGGUUGAGGAGAACCUUAUUGAAGUCAGUGCCUCUUUAAUGCAGAGACUAAAGCUGAUAGCUCUGUGUGAAUUGAGCCAGCUGCAUUCUCAGGGGUUGAGUUAUUGAUCAAGAGCCUGGUGUGGUGGUGCCUGCCAGUGAUCCCCACACUGGGGAGGUAGAGACAGGGAGAUCAGGAAUUUGAGACCAGUUUGGGUCACCUGAGACUGCUUCUAAAAAUAAAUAACAAGUGAAAUUAA